GUUUAUUAAUAAUCCCCUACGGAUACGUAAAUUUCUUACGUAGUAGUUUACUGUGAAUCAUAGAUUAAUUUUAAUUUUUUUAUUCAUACUUAUUCAGUCAUUUAUCAAGUAUUUAACAAACAAAUAAAAGCAUAAACAUGCAGAAUCCUAAUGAAGAUACAGAAUGGAAUGAUGUACUGAGACAAAAAGGCAUAAUUCCUCAAAAAGAGAAGGCAAUCACUGAAGAUGAUAUCAUUCAUAUGCUAGAGCACACAAUUGAAGAGAAACAGAACAAUGAAAGGAACUUGGAGAAAUUGGAUUUAGACGAACUAGAUGAGCUGGAAGAUAGUGAGGAUGAAGCAGUCUUACAGGAAUAUCGUAGCAAAAGAAUUGCAGAAUUAAAGGCGCUUGCUUCCAAAGCAAAAUUCGGUAGCGUACGUGAAAUCACAGGUGAAGAAUACAUCAAUGAAGUGAAUAAAGCAGGCGAAGAUAUAUAUGUAGUGCUUCAUUUAUAUGCCAGAGGCGUGCCUUUCUGUGCUGUUUUGAAUCAAUAUAUUAAUGAAUUGGCAAUGAGAUAUCCAAGCGUAAAGUUCAUACGCUCGAUUGCACAAACAUGUAUACCCAACUUCCCAGACAAAAAUGUACCAACAAUCUUUGUGUACUAUAAUGGUCAAAUGAAAAAGCAAUUUUUGGGUCCAUUGGAACUAAGAUCGCCAAAUUGUUCACGAGAGGAGCUUGAAUUUAUGCUCGGGCAAUGUGGAUGUAUUAAAACUGAUAUAAAAGAAGAUCCUCGUCCAGUGGUUCGUGAUGUCCUGUUUAGAGAUUUGGCUGAAAACAACGAUUGGUGAACACAGUCGAUAAAAAUUAAUUAAAUAAUUUAAGUCUCAUUGAUGUGCAUUGAUUUUGUUUGUCUUAUUAACACUACAUGAAAUCAUAUAGAUUUGUGCUACUUAUGGGUGGGUGGAUAAGUUGAGGAUGUUAUAAUUGCGUUGAUUAAACAAUGCUUUAAAGAGAACAGAGCGAGUCUGGUCCAUUUUUAAGUCAGAUAAUCAGUUCUGCAUCGUUCGUUGAAGCCAGGCAAUUUUGAUCAAAGUGUAAUUACUUAUAUUUACACAAUAUCUUCAACUUAUUCGCUUCCUUCAAUCUAACAAAUUUUGAAAUAAAUUCUUUUUUAUUGGAACUAA